AUGAGAAGAGUACUUAUAUCAGAUUUUGAUGAAACUAUCACGGAAGAGGACACUAUCAAAGUGUUAGGGCGUUUGCCAUAUAAACUUGACCCUGACUUUGAGCCUAAAUGGGAGCAUUUUUCAGACAAUUACAUGGAGGGUUGGUCACGUUUUAGUGUAGAAUCACCACAAAGAGAACUACCGCUAGCUCAAUUGACGCAUGGGGGUAUCACAAUAGGAAAUUAUAAGCGGAUCCUAAAAUCAGAAUUCGACUAUCAACAUUUCAACAGGAAAAUCGAGCUGAACAGUACCAAUGAAUUAACUAAAUGUAACGUUUUCCAAGGAAUCACGCUAGAACAGAUGGAACAUUUUGCCAGAUCAUGUUUGCUUGACGGGACAGUUCGUAUUCGAAGGGGUUUCCAGGAGCUGUUAACUACAAAAUUUGACCGGGAAAACUUCUACAUUUUGUCUGUUAACUGGUCCAAGGAAUUUAUUGGCUUCUGUGUCGGGGAGGACAAAAUAGAUCCGGCUAACAUAUCCUGUAACACACUGAAACUAGUAAAUGGUACCUAUGAUGGCGCCUUUACUAACACAGUAGUUACUGGUUCCGAUAAAGUGGUCACUUUAGAACGUCUAUUGCAGCCAGAGGGUAAAACAUUAUUUAAUGACGACGAUAUUUGGUAUGUUGGCGACAGUGAAACAGAUAUUCUUUCAAUCUUACACCCUCUUGUUAACGGGGUGCUUCUGCUUGACCCGAGUGAAAAUGCCAAGAAAUUUACUAAAAUAACAGGCGCAGUUUUAGGUAUCAACGAGGGCUUAUUGCAGGACUAUAUGACCAACCCUAACACAGAGGCUGUUGAAUUGACACAAUUCAAAAAAGAACUGGGGAAGAAAGUAUACUUAGUGAAGUCAUGGGAGGCGUUAGACAAGCUUAUAGUAUAA